AUGGUGGCGUCGUCCUUCUACCUGCUGCUUCUCGUCGCCCAUGCAGUGCAGCAAACCCAAUGCUACAAGUUCCACCCCCACCAGAGUCUGACCUCAAGCAAGCCCCCCCUGGGGGACAGCCAAACGGAGAAGCAGGAAAUAAAGUCAAAAGCAUUGAAGAAGUUAUUCGAGCGAAAGUUAAUCCACUACGUCAGUGAUGUAAAAGGCCUAGAUGACAUAUUGUGUCGUAAUGAGACGGAACCGAAGAGAGAGAAGAGGACAGCAGUUUACCUUGGGAUUGAUUUGAAUUGCAAAUAUUUACACUUAGGAAAUCUUGUGCAGUUAAUCACACUGGACAUUUUGCGUAAGCAUAAUACAGAUGUGGUGGUUCUACUUGGUGGGAGUACCACGAAAAUUGGGGACCCUUCCUUUCAACAGACAGAACGGAGGAGACCAAUCGAUGAGGAGAUCUGCGAAAAUGAAAAAAGCAUAAGAGGGACUAUUAUUAAUUUGCUUUUGCGAGAGGAAGCACCUAAUAGGGAUAUUUCCCCUGUGGAAGAAUUUUGUAUCGACUCACCAAACAAAGGGUCCCUCACGAUAGUGAACAAUAGAAAGUGGUACAGGCAAAUGGACUUGACCGAUUUUCUAAUCCACGGGCAGAAUUUCCCCCUUCACAAAAUUUUAAAAAAAGAAUGUUUUAAGGCAAAAUUGAAAGAUAAUAAUUUAACGCUAAAGGAUUUGAAUUACCUAAUUUUGCAGUCAUAUGAUUUUGUGCACUUGUAUAAAAGGUACAGAUGUAGUAUACAAAUAGGGGGGUCAGACCAAUGGGGAAAUAUUCAAUCAGGUAUUGAACUUUGUCAACACAUGUAUAACACGCAACUGUAUGGGUUGACCACCAAUUUGUUACUUCAUAAGAAUAACACCAAGUAUAGCAAGUCCUUAUUUGACCAGAAUAAAAAAAUACCCAUAUGGAUCGACAAAGAAUAUACCCCUCCUUUUCUCUUUUGGAAUUUUUUACGCAACAUUGAUGACCAGCAAGUCGAUUCGUACAUUGCAAUGCUCACUGAUUUGCAAAUCCCACAUGGCAAUGCUUCACGUGAGAUUAUUUCAGACCGAGGGGAUGAGCAGGAUGAUGCCCAGAUCAACAGAGCGAAGGAAAAACUGGCCGACUAUGUGACCACAUUUAUUUAUGGAGCAGACACUGUGCACACAAUUCACACACUAAGUAAACUUUUAAAGGAGGACCAUGUUGCAGUGAUUGAUCGGGUCGAACAACUCAAGGUGUUCCCUUUUAUCCUAAUUAGGCAAAAUGAAGUAGAAAAAAACGACAUUAGCAUUGUACACAUUUUACGUGAGUUCCAAGUGGCAUCAACAAAUAAAGAAGCUAAGGAGAAGUUGGCCCAGAGGUGCAUUUAUCUUAACAAACAACUCGUAGAUAAUGCCAAGUACCACUUAAGUUUGCCUUCCUCCUUUGUAAGAGCCAAGGAUGGAAAGUACUAUGCCAUUUUGGGAUUGGGCAAAAAGACAUUCUACUCGAUAAUCGUUCAGUGA